UUGAUUUUCCAGGUGUGCCUCGUAUCAUUAUGGACCGUAGUUCAAUCUUCCCCCUUUGAUGAUGGAAAAUAUAAACCUAAAACCUACGAUGAAUACGACGAUGGAAAAUAUUAUAGACCUUUGGAUGAGGGAAAAUAUGUUCCGGGUGAUGAGGGAAAGUAUACAUAUAUUUACCAACAAGGUGUCUAUCCCUUUGAUGGAACAUAUAAACACUUAGAACGUGGAGAUUCGAAUGACUAUAUCGGUUUCCAAAUAUACGCACCUAGAUUCCCCUACAUACACAGGAUAAUUAAGGAAUUGAUAAGUAAAUAUGUUUCACCCGACAUCCUCGUGUUCAGUGAAAUAGAGCCGGAAAAUGUGGAAAUCUUUAACAAGGGAAUCUCUGACGCUGAAAUUGCGAUGAAAUGCAAUUUAAUAGAUCCAGCAAGUAAAAACAGUACUGACGCAGAAGUUGUUACUCAAUAUCCACCAUUAAUGAAGUUAGAAGAAGGUGAAAAUCCAGGUACGCUCUACAGUUUCAAGGGUACAAAACUACUUAGUUCAGUGGAAAACAAGCUGAAGACGAAACUGAAAUUACAGUAUGAAGUGUUCGUGAGGGUCGUUGAAGAAACUGAGCUUUAAUAGGGACUAUUAACAGUGUUCGCUGGUGAUAUGUGUA